CUCCAUAAUCAGCAAAGCGAGAAGCUCCGUAAGCUCCGUGCUCUCGUUCCCUGGCAGUGAUGGCGUCGUUCAAGCCCGCGGUGGUGAUCGACAAUGGCACAGGAUACACCAAGAUGGGAUAUGCCGGCAAUGCCGAGCCCAGCUACAUUAUCCCGUCCACGAUAGCAGUAGGCGGCAGUGACUCCAGUACCGUGCGCAGCCGUCAGGGCAUCGACGAUUUGGACUUUUACAUCGGCACUGAGGCGCUAGACCACGCAUCCACUCACCAGGUCAACUACCCCAUCGCGCAGGGCAUUGUGCAGAACUGGGACAACAUGGAGAAGCUCUGGCAGCGUUGUAUCUUCCAGCAUAUGCGCUGCGAACCCGAAGAGCACUACAUGUUGCUCACAGAGCCGCCGCUUAAUCCUCCUGAGAACCGUGAGGCCACAGCCGAGAUCAUGUUUGAGACGUUCAAUGUCCCUGGACUGUACAUCGCAGUGCAGGCUGUGCUGGCACUGUACGCGUCCUGGCCUAAGAUUAAGGACCCGUCACAACGUUCACUCACGGGCACAGUCAUCGACUCGGGCGAUGGUGUGACGCACGUCAUCCCCGUUGCCGACGGCUACGUCAUUGGCAGCUGCAUUCGCCACAUUCCGCUGGCUGGACGCGACGUCACCCACUUUAUCCAGAAGAUGUUACGUGAUCGAGGCGAAGCUGUGCCUCCUGAGGAGUCACUGGAGGUCGCUAAGCGUGUCAAGGAGGCGCACAGCUACGUGUGCUCGGACCUGGUCAAGGAGUUCAAAAAGUAUGAUACCAAGCCGGAUAAGUACUUUUUGAAGUACUCGGACUUGCACCCGCGCACUAAGCAGCCGUGGGAGAUCGACGUCGGAUACGAACGCUUCCUAGCGCCGGAGAUUUUCUUCAAUCCUGAAAUUUUCUCCACGGACUAUACGACGCCUCUGCCCAAUGUGGUGGACGAAGCCAUCUUGAAGUGUCCUAUUGACACGCGACGUGGACUGUACAAGAACAUUGUGUUAUCAGGAGGUAGCACGAUGUUCAAGGACUUUGGUCGCCGUCUGCAGCGCGACAUCAAGCGUCUUGCCGACGAUCGACAGGCAGCCAACCUCGCCUUGCACUCGAAGUACCAGCAGGCACAUGCCGAGGCUCUCGAAGUGAAUGUGCUGUCCCACCGUAUGCAGCGUUUUGCUGUCUGGUUCGGUGGUAGUAUGGUGGCGUCGACUCCCGACUUUUACCGUGUGUGCCACACCAAGGCCCAGUAUGAAGAAGAAGGCCCGCGUAUUGCGCGUCACAACCCGGUCUUCAACGCUACCAUGUAAGACAGCGGUAACAGGAGAAGCACAAAAGAGUUUGUCGUCCAGUGAAUACACGGAGGACGUAGAGUGAAUAACUCUGCAUUUCAGAAAUACUACGUGGUACAAACAU